AUGAAUCCUGUACCGAGCACCCUGCUGUUCCCCAUCCUCCUGCUCCUGGCCUCCCGACUCCUGGGGGUGACCGAGGGGUGCAGCUGUGCCCCUGCUCACCCCCAGCAGCUCAUCUGCGACGCGGCGCUGGUGAUUCGAGCAAAAAUAUCCAGUGAAAAGGUGGUUCCUGCCAGUGAUGAUCCUCUUGACACCCACAAAAUGAUCCGGUAUGAAAUCAAACAAAUAAAGAUGUUUAAAGGAUUUGAAAAGCUCAAGGAUGUCCAGUACGUUUAUACCCCUUUUGAUUCAUCACUCUGUGGAGUGAAACUAGAAGCUAACAACAAAAAACAGUAUCUUUUGACAGGUCAAAUUUUAAGUGAUGGUAAAGUCCUCAUCCACUUAUGCAACUACAUCGAACCAUGGGAUGAUUUAUCCUUGUCUCAAAAGAAGAGUCUUAAUCAGAGAUAUCAAAUGGGCUGUGGCUGCAAAAUUACUACCUGCUACAUGGUUCCCUGUUCAAUCACAACGCCAAACGAGUGCCUCUGGACAGACUGGCUGAUAGAAAGAAAGCUCUAUGGGCAUCAAGCCAAGCACUAUGCCUGUAUCAAGAGAAGUGAUGGCACGUGCAGCUGGUAUCGAGGUGGUCCUCCCCCAGAGAAAGAGUUUAUUGAUAUCAGCGAACCUUAAAAUGCUCACUUCCUAAAAAGCCUUGGAGUCUAAUUCCAUCCAACAUUGCACGCUCACAGCUUUGAACUGCCAUCGACUCACAUAUUUGUUGCUUAGAAACAAAACCAAAUUGUCCUGUACAGCUCAAGCCCGAGUCUGUGGAAUUGGCACUCGUGCAAGAGGAGGAACAAAUCUCCUGGAGGUAGCUACUCUGUAAAGUUAUGCUUUGUACAGAGAGGCUCAAGCUGAGAAUGCUCCUCUGUCUCUUCUAAGACAUAACAAGUUUCUCCUUUGCCAAUAUGAAUGUACAAGACAAAAGAAUUGCCAGCAUUUUGUCCCCUGUUUCUGUUAACCUACAAAUUAAGAGCACCCUGCGUUUUAUUCCAAAUCUUUCUGAUGAACUACAGAAUGUUUUAUAGAACUAUUUUUUUUCUGUAUGAAAGUCUUCUGAUACAAAAUAAUUAUUGUACAAUGUAUAUGUAAAGUAUUAUAACAAUGUGCUAUAAAAAAAAGUCCAAAAGUCCCUGUAUUUCCUUAGCUGUUGAAACAAGUUGAACACUUCUGUGAUUAAAACAAUCUGUG